AUGAAUUACUUAUGUCGAGUACAUAGUCUCCAGGGAGAAACUAAUAGUCAUAAAAAAGAGAAAAUAGAUCCUAACUCAAUUUCAGGUGAAAUGGCAGAAUUGUCUGAUUAUACUAUAGAGGCACUUGAGUCGUUUAAACGGAAAUUAACUACAUACAUAGAAGCUGUGGAUAAAAGCUGUGACAAAACUUGUCAUUAUACGCAUUUUCGAGGUUUACCUUCAGGGAACACAAAUACCAGCAGAGGUUAA